GCUUGAAAAGGUUCGGUUCGUGAUGCGCGUUGAAGUCUUCCUUCAGUCGGCUGCCAUUAAGAUUCUACGGCAAAAACUUUCUCAAGCUUCCUUCUCUGCAGGUUUUCCUUUCCGCUUCAAAAUGGCAGAAGUGUUUUUUUCUUCAACUUUCUACUUGGUGUUACUUGCUGCUCUCGCCCUCUGCGCUUUCUUUGUACGACUGAUAGGAACAACAUCCGAACCAGAACCAAAGCCCGACUCAGAGACACCACCCAAACAGGGCAAAUCAUCACCAUCACUUGAAGUGACCAGAUCUAAAAAUAGAAAACUAGAUGACAACAAAGUUGAUCAACAAAAAGACCUCUUCAGAAAUCCACCCUCGAAACUUGAAAACGCCCCGAAGCCAGUAAAAGGCCGUUAUGUAACUUUGGCUGGGUCCAAAACCGAAAAACAGUCUGAAACUAUGACGCAUAAAGCAACACAGUCAGAUACAGUCGCUACACGGUCCACUCUGUCGCUGUUAACGACGUUUUUGUUAAAAGAUAAAAGACACGUAAAAGCACAUUCGUCUGCGAAAUUUGUAGCAGAAAAACUCGAAAGAAGGCACACUAGGAUGCAAAAAGUAAACUAAUUAUGUAAAUUUCUCGAAAUGGUAAUUAUUCGUGAGAAGUGGGAAGUUGAGCUUCUCUUUCAUAACGUUGUUCACGAUGUUUGUAUUUUAAUUGUGCAUGAUGA